CUGGAAGUCUUUUCUUGCUGAUUGAUUUUGAAAUUUCCGGUCUAUGAGACCAGACUGGAAUUUGCUGCGGCACCGCGUCGCAGCCAGAGCUGCCGCCGCCAUCAUGUCAGACUCGGACAGCGAUGAAGAUUCGGCUGGAGGCGGUCCAUUUUCUUUAGCCGGUUUCCUUUUCGGCAACAUCAAUGGAGCCGGGCAGCUGGAGGGGGAAAGCGUCUUGGAUGAUGAGUGUAAGAAGCACUUGGCAGGCUUGGGGGCUUUGGGUCUGGGCAGCCUGAUCACUGAACUCACGGCAAAUGAAGAAUUGACUGGAAUUGACGGUGUCCUGGUAAAUGACGAAGGAUGGAUUAAAAGUACAGAAGAUGCUGUGGACUAUUCAGAUAUCAAUGAGGUAGCAGAAGAUGAAAGCCGAAGGUAUCAGCAGACAUUGGGGAGCUUGCAGCCACCUUGCCACUCAGAAUAUGAUGAUGAUGACUAUGAUGCUGAUUGUGAAGACAUCGAUUGCAAGUUAAUGCCUCCACCCCCACCACCCCCAAUAUCAAUAAAGAAGGAUAAGGACCAGGAUGCUAUUGCUGAUGUGUCUGAAGAUGGAGAAGGCAUCAUCUUGCCCUCCAUCAUUGCCCCUUCCUCUUUGGCCUCAGAGAAAGUGGACUUCAGUAGUUCCUCUGAUUCAGAGUCUGAGAUGGGACCCCAGGAACCAACACAUGCAGAAUCUGAAGAUGGAAAGCUGACUCUACCACUGGCUGGGAUUAUGCAGCAUGAUGCCACCAAGCUGUUGCCAAGUGUCACAGAACUUUUCCCAGAAUUUCGGCCUGGCAAGGUGUUACGUUUUCUACGUCUUUUUGGACCAGGGAAGAAUGUCCCAUCUGUUUGGCGGAGUGCUCGGAGAAAGAGGAAAAAGAAGCACCGUGAGCUUGUACAGGAAGAACAAAUUCAAGAGACAGAAUGCUCAGUAGAAUCAGAAGUCAACCAUAAGUCUUUGUGGAACUAUGACUAUGCCCCACCACCACCUCCAGAGCAGUGUCUCUCUGAUGAUGAAAUCACAAUGAUGGCUCCAGUGGAGUCCAAGUUUUCCCAAUCAACUGGAGAUAUAGAUAAAGUGACAGAUAACAAACCAAGAGUGGCUGAGUGGCGUUAUGGCCCUGCCCGGCUGUGGUACGAUAUGCUGGGUGUUCCUGAAGAUGGCAGUGGGUUUGAUUAUGGCUUCAAACUGAAAAAGACAGAACACGAUCCUUUGAUAAAAUGUAAAAUGAUAGAGGAUUUUAGGAUGCUUGAUGAAUGCAGUAGCACUGAUCUCUUGGCUGAUGAAAACUUCUUGAUGGUGACACAACUGCAUUGGGAGGAUGAUAUAAUAUGGGAUGGGGAAGAUGUCAAACAUAAAGGGACAAAGCCUCAGCGUGCAAGCCUGGCGGGCUGGCUUCCUUCCAGUAUGACUAGAAAUGCUAUGGCUUACAAUGUUCAACAAGGGUUUGCAGCUACCCUGGAUGAUGACAAACCUUGGUACUCCAUUUUUCCAAUUGAUAAUGAGGAGCUGGUCUAUGGACGUUGGGAAGACAAUAUUAUUUGGGAUGCUCAGUCCAUGUCCCGGUUGUUGGAGCCUCCUGUUUUGACACUUGAUCCCAAUGAUGAGAACCUCAUUUUGGAAAUUCCUGAUGAGAAGGAAGAAGCUACCUCGAACUCUCCCUCCAAGGAGAGUAAGAAGGAAUCAUCACUGAAGAAGAGUCGAAUUCUCUUAGGAAAAACAGGAGUCAUCAAGGAGGAACCACAGCAGAACAUGUCUCAGCCAGAAGUGAAAGAUCCUUGGAAUCUCUCCAAUGAUGAGUAUUACUAUCCCAAACAACAGGGUCUUCGAGGCACCUUUGGAGGGAAUAUUAUCCAGCAUUCAAUUCCUGCUGUGGAAUUGCGUCAGCCCUUCUUUCCCACUCACAUGGGGCCCAUCAAACUCCGGCAGUUCCAUCGCCCACCUCUGAAAAAAUACUCCUUUGGGGCACUCUCUCAACCAGGUCCCCACUCAGUCCAGCCUUUGUUGAAGCACAUCAAAAAGAAGGCCAAGAUGAGAGAACAAGAAAGACAAGCUUCAGGUGGUGGAGAGAUGUUUUUCAUGCGCACACCUCAGGACCUCACAGGCAAAGAUGGAGAUCUUAUUCUUGCAGAAUAUAGUGAGGAAAAUGGACCCUUAAUGAUGCAGGUUGGCAUGGCAACCAAGAUAAAAAACUACUAUAAACGGAAACCUGGGAAGGAUCCUGGAGCCCCAGAUUGCAAAUAUGGCGAAACUGUUUACUGCCAUACAUCUCCUUUCCUGGGCUCUCUCCAUCCUGGGCAAUUACUACAGGCAUUUGAGAACAACCUUUUUCGUGCCCCAAUUUAUCUUCAUAAGAUGCCAGAAACUGACUUCCUGAUCAUUCGAACAAGACAGGCCUACUAUAUUCGGGAAUUAGUGGAUAUUUUUGUUGUUGGCCAGCAAUGCCCCUUGUUUGAAGUUCCUGGGCCCAACUCCAAGAGAGCCAAUACACAUAUUCGUGACUUUCUACAGGUUUUUAUUUACCGCCUGUUCUGGAAGAGUAAAGAUCGGCCGCGGCGGAUUCGAAUGGAAGAUAUAAAAAAAGCUUUUCCAUCCCAUUCAGAAAGCAGCAUCCGGAAGAGGCUAAAGCUUUGCGCUGAUUUCAAACGCACAGGGAUGGACUCAAACUGGUGGGUGUUGAAGUCUGAUUUUCGUUUACCAACUGAAGAGGAGAUAAGAGCUAUGGUGUCUCCUGAGCAGUGCUGUGCUUAUUACAGCAUGAUAGCUGCAGAACAGCGAUUGAAGGAUGCUGGCUAUGGCGAAAAGUCUUUUUUUGCCCCAGAAGAAGAAAAUGAAGAGGAUUUUCAGAUGAAGAUUGAUGAUGAGGUUCGCACAGCUCCUUGGAACACUACAAGAGCUUUCAUUGCUGCCAUGAAGGGCAAGUGUCUACUGGAGGUAACUGGGGUGGCAGAUCCCACAGGAUGUGGUGAAGGAUUCUCCUAUGUGAAGAUUCCAAACAAACCAACACAACAAAAGGAUGAUAAGGAGCCUCAACCAGUGAAGAAAACAGUGACAGGAACAGAUGCAGACCUCCGUCGCCUUUCUCUGAAAAAUGCCAAGCAACUUCUACGUAAAUUUGGUGUGCCCGAGGAAGAGAUUAAAAAAUUGUCCCGCUGGGAAGUAAUCGAUGUGGUGCGCACAAUGUCAACCGAACAGGCCCGCUCUGGAGAGGGGCCCAUGAGCAAAUUUGCCCGAGGAUCAAGGUUUUCUGUGGCUGAACAUCAAGAACGUUACAAAGAGGAAUGUCAGCGCAUCUUUGACCUGCAGAACAAGGUUUUGUCAUCAACUGAAGUCUUAUCAACUGACACAGACAGCAGCUCAGCUGAAGAUAGUGACUUUGAAGAAAUGGGAAAGAACAUCGAGAACAUGUUGCAGAACAAGAAAACCAGCUCUCAGCUAUCACGUGAACGGGAAGAACAGGAGAGGAAAGAGCUACAGCGGAUGCUACUGGCAGGCUCAGCAGCUUCAGGAAACAGUCACAGAGAUGAUGACACAGCUUCUGUGACUAGCCUUAACUCUUCUGCCACUGGGCGCUGUCUCAAGAUUUACCGCACAUUUCGAGAUGAGGAAGGGAAAGAAUAUGUUCGCUGUGAGACUGUCCGAAAACCAGCUGUCAUUGAUGCCUAUGUACGCAUACGGACCACAAAAGACGAAGAAUUCAUUCGAAAAUUUGCCCUUUUUGAUGAGCAGCAUCGUGAAGAGAUGCGAAAAGAGCGACGAAGGAUUCAAGAGCAACUGAGGCGGCUUAAGCGGAACCAGGAAAAGGAGAAACUUAAAGGUCCUCCUGAAAAGAAGCCCAAAAAAAUGAAGGAACGCCCUGACCUAAAACUGAAAUGUGGGGCAUGUGGUGCCAUUGGACACAUGAGAACAAACAAGUUCUGUCCCCUUUAUUAUCAAACAAAUGCACCACCCUCCAACCCUGUUGCUAUGACAGAGGAGCAGGAAGAGGAGUUGGAAAAGACAGUCAUUCAUAAUGAUAAUGAAGAACUCAUUAAGGUAGAAGGAACCAAGAUUGUCUUGGGGAAGCAGCUAAUUGAAAGUGCAGAUGAGGUUCGCAGAAAAUCUCUGGUUCUCAAAUUCCCUAAGCAGCAACUUCCUCCAAAGAAGAAACGGCGUGUUGGAACCACUGUUCACUGUGACUACUUAAAUAGACCUCAUAAGUCUAUUCACCGGCGCCGGACAGACCCCAUGGUGACCCUUUCAUCUAUCUUGGAGUCUAUCAUCAAUGAUAUGAGAGAUUUACCAAAUACAUACCCUUUCCACACACCAGUCAAUGCAAAAGUUGUAAAAGACUACUAUAAAAUUAUUACUCGACCAAUGGACCUGCAAACACUCCGUGAAAAUGUACGUAAACGACUCUACCCAUCUCGAGAAGAGUUCAGAGAGCAUUUGGAGUUAAUUGUGAAAAAUAGUGCAACUUAUAAUGGUCCAAAGCAUUCAUUGACUCAGAUCUCUCAAUCCAUGCUGGAUCUCUGUGAUGAAAAACUCAAAGAGAAAGAAGACAAAUUGGCUCGUUUAGAGAAAGCUAUCAACCCUUUGCUGGAUGAUGAUGACCAAGUGGCAUUUUCUUUCAUUCUUGACAACAUUGUCACCCAGAAAAUGAUGGCAGUUCCAGAUUCUUGGCCAUUUCACCACCCAGUCAAUAAGAAGUUUGUGCCAGAUUAUUACAAAGUGAUUGUCAACCCAAUGGAUUUAGAGACUAUACGUAAGAACAUCUCCAAGCACAAGUAUCAGAGUCGGGACAGCUUUCUAGAUGAUGUAAACCUUAUUCUGGCCAACAGUGUUAAGUACAAUGGGCCUGAGAGUCAGUAUACUAAGACUGCUCAAGAGAUUGUGAACAUCUGUUACCAGACAUUGACAGAGUAUGAUGAACAUUUGACUCAACUUGAGAAGGAUAUUUGUACAGCUAAGGAAGCAGCUUUGGAGGAAGCAGAUUUAGAAAGCUUGGACCCAAUGACCCCAGGGCCUUAUACACCUCAGGCUAAGCCUCCUGAUUUGUAUGAUACCAACACAACCCUCAGUAUGUCUCGAGAUGCUUCUGUAUUUCAAGAUGAAAGCAAUAUGUCUGUCCUAGAUAUCCCUACUACCACACCAGAAAAGCAAAUAACACAGAUGCACCAGGGCCGAGGUAGGCUGGGCGAGGAAGACUCUGAUGUAGAUAUUGAAGGGUAUGAGGAGGAGGAGGAGGAGGAGGAUGGGAAACCUAAGACUCCAGCCCCAGAAGGUGAAGAUGGAGAUGGGGAGCUUGCUGAUGAAGAGGAAGGAACUGUACAGCAGCCUCAAGCCAGUGUCUUAUAUGAGGAUUUACUUAUGUCUGAAGGAGAGGAUGAUGAAGAAGAUGCUGGGAGUGAUGAAGAAGGAGAUAAUCCCUUUUCUGCUAUCCAGCUGAGUGAAAGUGGAAGUGACUCUGAUGUGGGAUCUAGUGGGAUUAGACCCAAACAGCCACGCAUGCUUCAGGAGAACACACGGAUGGGCGUGGAAAAUGAAGAAAGCAUGAUGUCCUAUGAGGGAGACGGUGGGGAGGCUUCCCGUGGUUUGGAAGAUAGCAACAUCAGUUAUGGGAGCUAUGAGGAACCUGAUCCCAAAUCAAACACCCAAGAUACAAGCUUCAGCAGCAUUGGUGGGUAUGAGGUAUCAGAGGAGGAAGAAGACGAGGAGGAAGAGCAGCGCUCUGGGCCAAGCGUACUCAGCCAGGUCCAUCUGUCAGAGGAUGAGGAAGACAGUGAGGAUUUCCACUCCAUUGCUGGGGACAGUGACUUGGACUCUGAUGAAUGAGUUUUCCUUUGGGCUUCCUUGGUCAGCCAUCCUGGUUCUCCAGCUUAGGUGGUUCACUUUUACCCCAAUUUGUUUAUAUUUGUACAGUGUCUGGUCCUGAGAUCAUCAGAUUAACUAACACCUAGCCUUUUAAAAAAAUAAGUAAAUUAUAAUAAAUCACCUCUCCUGAUCUUCUUCCUGGUAUAAUGUUACACUUUGAUUUAAAAACAAAGCAACCCCCUUCCAGCACUCAUAGGAACAAGAGAGUGCUCUUUCCUCUCCAGUGCCUUUUAAAUCCAAUGUGUUGUUCUUGGUAACAUUUUUUUUUCUUUGGAGAAGGAAGAAAGAUUAUGAAAGGACUAAUAAUUAUGACCUUGUUGUAUAAAAAAAUUUCCAAGCAUGGUAUCUCAAUUUUUUAAUUUGCAAGGUGGAACCAGGUAACUGUACCUCUGCUGGAAUAGAGAAUUGGAUUCUGUACCUUGCUACAUUUAAAAACAUAAACCUAUCAAAUAAAAUACCCAUUCUUUUUUUCAUUUGAUUAUGCCAUGCUUUGUUUCUAAAUGGACUCAAACCAGUAAUUAUAAAUCCCUUAAAACAGCCUGUAUGUCAGAAAUGAUAUGUUGUCAUGUAAGUGUGUUUAUCCCUGUACUUCCAGAGGAAGUGUUAAUUUCCUUAGUGCAAACAGAGUGUAUUCUGUUUCUUUUCAUGCUUAGGAGAUGGUUUUGUGCAUAGUAAGUACUCAGAAAAUGUUCCUAAAAUCAUAAAUCCCACAACAGAUAAUGUUAUUGAGCAUCUGCUUGAUGAUAAGCACUCUAUCAGAACCUUAGGAUGGAACGGUAAAUAAGACAUAUCUCUUUUACCCAGAGUUCACCAUUACCAUGGGAGAGGGGGGAUUUAAUUGAAAAUAUGUUCAUGAAUCAUUACAAAACUAUGAGAUAAAUGCAAUAAAGUAGAUCAAAAUAUAUAGGGGAAAAUAGAGGGUUGAUCAUGUCUAGAAAAGUUAGGAAGUCUUCCUAGAGAUGUUGAUAUAGUGGUUUGCCAGAUGGAACAGUCCAAGUAGUGAAAAGGCCAAAGUCUAGAAAUGGCAGAGUAUAUUCCUAGUUUGUUUGUUUAUUACCUGCCUGUUCCAGAAAGAAUUUAAAGUGAUUUAAAUCCUUGAGUUCUAGAGUGGCUACAGAAAGGACUGAAAGAUGAGAAGAAAAUUAUCUUCAAAAGCUUCAUUUACCAUUUGCUACUACUUACUGUGAAUUAUGGGAAAUGAACUUAAGAGUAGUGCUAUAAUGAGAUUUAUGUUUUAGUAACUUUCUGUAUAUUGAAUGAUGAAAGAGACUGAAGAAUCGUGUAAUUUGAUCUCAUUUUUGUAAAAGAAUAAUGUGGAUAUUUGUGUUUAUAUAUACUUGUAUAUACCCAAAAUCUGAAAGAAUAUGCACUAAUAUGUUCACAAUGAUAACCUCUGGGGAAUGGUAUUAUAAGGGUAAAAAUUAUAUGGUGGGGGGAGGUAUUAUACUUUUAUUUCUGUGUUGUUUAAAAUAUUAAAAAUUCCUUUUAUAAGUAUGUAUUUUUGUAAUAAAAAUUUUUGAAUUCCAACAACAGUGUGGAGAAUGGUUUGGAGAGGAACAAAUCUAGUUCAAGUAAGCGAAAAUGGCACCUAAACUGGUCUUUGAGG